UUGGACGCGAGUUUGCGACAGGAUGAUGCUGCGGACGCGAUGGGCGACAUUUGCCGUGCUCGCCCUGUUCAUCAUCCGUUCCGGGGAAGCACAAGGGGAUCCUCCCGGAGCCACCCCUUCAGGGCCUCCCACACCCACGCCCGUUGGCGACUCAGUAGGACCACUGCCUACACUAUUGCCAACGGUGACUACGUCAGCACCAAUGGGUACGCCAGCACCAAUGCGUACGCCAGGACCAAUGCGUACGCCAGGACCAAUGCGUACGCCAGGACCAAUGCCUACGCCAGGACCAAUGCCUACGCCAGGACCAAUGCCUACGCCAGGACCAAUGCCUACGCCAGGACCAAUGCCUACGCCAGGACCAGUGCCUACGCCAGGACCAAUGCCUACGCCAGGACCAAUGCCUACGCCAGGACCAAUGCCUACGCCAGGACCAAUGCCUACGCCAGGACCAAAGGUGCCGCCUACGCCUGCCCCAACGCCUACGCAAGAACCCGCGGUGCUGAGUACGGAUGACACUUCGGACAAUGGCGGCAGCAGCACCACCAACGAUGACCAGGCCAGUACCGACCGGGACAUCACGAACGAAGGCGACGACGACGGAGCGGUGGUUGCCGCAAGUGACGCCUCCGACUCAGAAUCUUCCACGACUGGAGUCGUCGCGCUCUCGGUCAUCCUGGCUGCUUUGGUGCUGGGAAAUGCAGUUUGGCUCGCGUGUUGCCUCCGCAGGCGCAAACCUCCUCCGACUCCGCCCGCGGGCGGCCAUGGCGCCACUGAAGACGUCGAGGUGGGCCGCCUUCGGAGGGACCUCGACACUGAGCACACCAGGCGCGUCAACGCUGAGACCCUGAUUCAUCGGUCGAGCGGUGGCGGGCUACGCCCUGGCGUCUUCCCCAGCGUCGGCGAUGUGUACCAGCACGUGGGGCACCUGGCGGAUGACGCGCUCGCGUGGACCGAGAAAGCCUUCGCCGUCGGAGGGUCCCGCCAGACCUGGUACGGGACGACACGGAGUGUCCUGUACAACACUUUCCUGGUCUGCAGGGAGGAGGUGCAGCGGUGCUUGGACGAGAGGCUCCAGAUCCUGUCGGCAUUCCUGGGCAACGCCGAGCCCAUCCUGCUGUCGGCCGGCGACGAGAAGAGCCUGGACCCGCAGUACGUGCUGUACGAGUGCCUCUGCAGGAAGUACCGGACGAUCGUAUCGACGGAGCCAGACCGCAUGGAUGAGCUAGCUCGGCUUAUCCUUCAGCGCUGCGGGGAGCCUGCGGACAGGGGCCUCGCCAACGAGAUCACCUCUGGCGCCACGUGGCCUUCCUUCGAGGCCCUCAUGAAGAACUACUUGCUGGUUUUCGUCGAGAUGGCCCUCCAGAAGCCCGGCAUCGACUUCGAGGACAGCUUGGGGGAUAACGUUGCGUUCGACCCGGCGGAACACUGCGACUUGGCCCCAUACUCCAGAGCACCUACGGCGCAACACUGCAGCAUCGUCUUCCCGUCAAUACGUCCUCAAGAGGCCCACCCGCACUCCAACGCCAAGAUCGGCGUUGUGCGUGUCCCCGCCUAAACCUCCUGAAAAUAUUGCGAUGGGGGGGUACCCAACCACGGAGCAGAGUCGUGUCGGAGGCCAGCUGAUCUUGGUUGUCCUGCCGACCUGCGGUAGGAAGGCACGAGUAGUGUGCGCGGGUGGUUUUGUGCCUUUUGCGCAUGCUGCUGUAUUCCCUGUUUGUUUCUUACGGAGGUGAACGUAACACCACAGCUUGAUCCGCCGCAGUGCAACCGACGAGGCCCACAUCAGAACAACUGGAAGGAAAGCAUUGAUGUAACUUGUUUUUCAAUAACUGUUUGAGGAUCUGCCUCAGGAGUUUGUUGCGAAAUGCGGACACGCUGCUGUUUUUGGUAACCCCCAGAGGGAUAUAAGAUUCUGAGCGCCACGUGAAGGCGAAGAUCGGUGGGUGCCCUAGUACAUAGCUCGACUUUGAUAUUUAAUGUAGCGUUUUUCUACGUGUUUCAUGUGGUGACGAAUUCAGUCAUCUUUAGGUUAAGAACAAGUGCUUGGGUUUGCGCGGGCGCAGGGAAUGCUCUUCAAAUCUUUUUGCAGCCUCUCGGUGUUCUAACGUUGGUACACGAAGGAGCGACGUCGAUGCCAUGGAGGCGUUUUUCGAAGGCAAAUACGUUGUUGCUACAAGCAACCAUUCAAAAGCGUGUAACCUAGGUUAAUGCUCGAUGUUUCCAUUGUUGUUUGGAGUCUGACCUCACGAGUUGUCGUUUCGCUGGCUUGUUAUGUACUGGAAAGCGAUAUCUGCGCUUGCUCGCCGGGGCUCCACGAUUCAAGUCCGUUCGUGUCGCUGUAUUUAGCACUAUACGCCGCCGAGCCGAGGUCGUGUGCGUUACCUUCUUCCGGAAAGUCAUCAACGAGGACAUAUUUGCCCUCUGCCGGGUGUAUGUAGUCUACAGUGGUAGACACUUAGACACAGAGAGUGGGGUGACCGUAGUACGAGCUCCCACUACCACGCAAGAGUUGAUUGAUGAAUUGGGUCGGAUCAAGGGAAAGUGGAAAUUGACAAUGUGUCUACCUGCCUACAUACAUGUAGAAUGUAUUCAUGUUUUCACUUGACCGAAAUUCUUAGUACCAACGGGGUCGAGUCAGGUAUCUACUUGUACUUGGAACCCACAGGCCGUGUAGGUAGUACUGUAGCUUACGCGGUCCUGAUAUAGGUGGGUGGGCCAUGAUUCUAGAAUUCUGAACGCUCUGCGUGCAAGAGUCGAUGGUGUAGCGAGGGAUGCUCGAAAUGCCGCGAGGCUACGAAGUCGGAGAAUUGACACAGGAGAGAAAUAUUCGUUUGGUAGAAUGCAGAUAUUAUCCUGAUCAACUACGCCAGACUGCUCAGACAAUACAAGGCGACUCUCUAUUCGUU